GGGGUAAAGAUUUUUCAAUCCGAAGGUGCUUCUGCCUUGUUCUCCGGUGUCUCUGCCACCGUGCUCCGCCAGACAUUGUACUCCACCACCAGAAUGGGCUUGUAUGAGGUUUUUAAGCAGAAAUGGUCCGACCCGGAUUCGGGUAAAUUCCCAGUCUGCCGUAAAAUAGCCGCCGGAUUGCUCGCCGGAGGCAUAGGCGCGGCUGUUGGCAACCCUGCUGACGUGGCAAUGGUCCGAAUUCAAGCCGAUGGUCGGCUUCCAAUUUCUCAGCGCCGCAACUACAAGGGAGUGGUUGAUGCAAUUACACAAAUGUCCAAGCAGGAGGGGAUCACUAGCCUGUGGCGCAGUUCAUCCCUUACGGUGAACCGUGCUAUGAUCGUCACGGCAUCACAGUUUGCAUCGUACGAUCAGAUCAAGGAAGCGAGAUUGGACCAUGGUGUGACGAACGAUGGUCUCGGGACCCACGUGACUGCAAGCUUUGCCGCAGGUUUUGUGGCGGCGGUGGCAUCGAACUUAAUUGAUGUGAUCAAAACCCGAGUGAUGAACCUUCACUUGAUUGUGCCCUUAAGACGGUUGGUUAAAAGGAAUCAUAAAGAUUGUUUUCUCCUUGAUGGGUGGGUUCAAACAAAUGGUUAA